UAAACGGCAACACAACCCGAGCAACAAAUAAUCUAAGUGGCAGAGUGGUGCGCUUUUAUCGUACGAUACCGUUAUUGUUGAGUGUGGAUAGACUAUUUUUUUUAAGUUUGCUACAAAAAAAAAAACAAAAAAGAAUAAAUUGGAGACAAAAGAGAAAGUGCAUUCAACCGAAAGUGUACAAGUUCAAAUUUCAUGUCAAAAACUAAAAAACGAAAACCAAAUAAAAGGACUUUCAACUGAAUAGUUUCAAAGCAACAACUGAAAAAAAAUUUCGCAACAACAAUUAAAUACAUAACGAAAAAAUUUCGCGUACUGAAAUUAGUCGACGACGAAAACCAAGCCAACAAAUAACUUACAAAUAAACGAAACAAAAGUGCUCGCAAAAAUGUCACAAAAGAAAGCGAUUUUCGGUGUUUUGUGUUUGAUCACAGUUGCUGCCGCUCUGCCCGCCGAGGAGACGCGCGGUCAUGCCCGCAACGCCAUCAGCGGCGACAACGACAUCAUGGAUAGCAUCUACAGCGAUUGCCUGCGCAAGGAUUCCGUGUCGUGCGUCAAGUACAAGCUCUUCAACUUCGUCGACAAAGUGCUCUCCGCCCGCGAACAAUUCUCGCUGACCGAAGGUGUAACGGUGGUGCGUUCACCCGAUGCGCCCGUCACCGAGGCCGCACGUUCCAUUUCCGGCGAUGAGUCAUUCGAAUCGCUGGCACUUAACCGCAUUUCUGGCUUCCUGAAUACGCACACCAUCAAAGUUGAAUUGAAGGGCGCCGAUAUUGUCCAAGCCGUCAGCUCAACUGGACGUGCGCUCGAAGAUGUUUCCGAAUCGUUGUUCGGCGGUAGCGACGACCCCAACGCGACCGAAGAGAGCCGUGGCAAGAAGAAGAAGGCUGCCAAAAUCUUGGGCCCCAUUCUUGCUUUAGUUGCCCUCAAGGCCGCCGCGUUGCUGCCACUCUUGUUGGGCGCGAUCGCUUUGAUUGCCGGUAAGGCUCUGCUCAUCGGUAAGAUCGCCUUGGUGCUGUCGGCUGUGAUCGGCCUGAAGAAGCUGUUGUCACAGGAGAAGCACGUCACCUAUGAAGUGGUCGCACACCCACACCACAGCUCAUCGCAUUCCAUCAGCCAUGACUCGUACGGCAGCGGCUACAGCGCAGAUGCUGGCUCCUCUGGUUCAUACGGCAGCUCCGGUCACGGUGGCUGGGGACGCUCGCUCGAUGCACAAGACUUGGCGUAUGCUGCCCAAAAGCCGCAAGCAUAAGUGCGCUGAAGGAGAGUGUAGCUAACGCUGACAUUUGGAAGGGGCACAAUAUUUUGAGCUACAACCCAACGACAAACACAACGAUUCGAAAUACGAUUUAGACAAGUGGACAGGCGAAGCGACCGGCAACUAAGCAACAUUUAAUGGGGCGUACGACAUGACAUGACGGAUGAACUUAGGCAUGUGUUUUCAUAUGCAAUUAUUUGAAGAGUGCGC